AUGUCAUUGUGCAUGUCGACAUUAAAUGCUGCUCCAUUGAUAUCUACAAGCCCAACUCUCAUUACAUCAUCUUCUAUAAAACUUGCAGUAUCACCCCAGGUUGAUGAUUGCACGACGAAAGUUUGUUGUAUACGGCAAAUUACUCCAUUUCCCGGAGUUCCUCUUCCUUCAGGAUCACCUUCGGGUUCUAUGGAAAGUUGGGUUCUGUGUAUCGUGUUGACAUUCGUCUUACCCUUUAUCACGCAUAAAUGGGGGCCAUUGAUUGCACUAAAAAAUAGAGUGGACACAGCGGUAGAUAUGGCGGAGCAUAUAGCGGAAGUUAUCGAAGAUGUGGCUGGAAAAGUUGAUAAGGUGAUCGAUAACAUUACUGAUGAUCUUCCUGAAGAUAGUAAACUCAGAAAAAGGUUGGAAGCCGUUGAUGAGCUGAUCGAAGGAGUAGCAAUGAGUGCUCAUAUCGCCAAUGAUAUCAUCGACAAGGUGGAAGAAGCUGAAGAUAAACUAGAGUCCUUGAUUCUUUCCCAUGCAAACGAGGAAAAGGAUAUAGGAUGGUGGAUCAGAGAGAGUUUAGGAGGUGAUGACGAUGUGAGUUGUUCAGCGAAGUUGAGGGAGAUUGAGAGUCUGUGUCUAUGUGCUGGUGUUGAUCUUUCCGAGAAGAGAAAAGAGUUUCUUGAUGCACACCGGAGGAAGAUGAGAGAGAGUGUAGGAGGUGAUGACGAUGUGAGUUGUUCAACGAAGUUGAGGGAGAUUGAGAGUCUGUGUGUAUGUGCUGGUGUUGAUCUUUCAGAGAAGAGAAAAGAGUUUCUUGAUGCACACCGGAGGAAGAUGAGGUCAGUGAGGUGA